GACGAAGACCACCUCCGCAGUCCACCUCAGUGUCGUACAAGACGUCGGUGCCGUACAACGUUCGUAGCGCUAUACUAUAUAUAUAUAUAUUAUAAUAUUCCAAACGCGAAUCCCUCUGCCGUGUGCGCGUAAGAAUUAUUACUUGGACAUAAUAUUAUUGUUAUUGUGAUUUCGUUCGUUUCGAUAUAACAACAGUAAUAUCGACGUGUACAAAAGUAAUAGUUAAUCUUCAGCGUAUCCACCACUAACGCGUCUACACGUACCACACCCCAAAAAGAAAACCGGCUACUGCUGACGUUUAGGGGAUUACCGGAAGCGGGUAAUUCGAUCGUCUCAGAGGCCUGGUUUGUUUUUCGGGAGUUUCCAAAUACGAUUGCUUUGACAACGCGUCCGUCCCUUUCCGGUCACGAGUGACAAAGCCGACAUAUUUCUACACCGAGGUUUCCAAAACUAAUGUAAGAUUCAGAAAUGGCGGGUACCGAUACCCGAUGGCUGGUGAUCCUAUGUUUGCUAUCUUCAGCGCAAUGUGUACCUUCCAAGGUUACGUCUCAAUCGGAAACAGAUUCCGAAGAUUCAAGAAGAGUUCUUGGUUCAAGUGUGGUCACAUCUGUAUCUGUAAUAAUGGAUCAUGGAAAUGGUACCAAAACAUAUUUUGCUGAUGGACAAAGUAAAAACGUACAUAAACCUACAGAUACCAUAAUCGGUAGUCCUGGUAAUUUACUAUCACCGGACCGUUAUGAGUUUUAUACUUUUGACGAAACGGGAGAUUUAGUUAAAAGAUUAAUGACAUUGGAUGAAAUACAUGGUUUAAUUGCUGGAGCAGAUCCAGAAUCAGUGAUGGCUGAUGCUUCUCCUACAUAUUAUCAUGAUGCACUUGCAAGUCAUUCAUCAGAAGCACUUAUGCAUUUACCCGCUUCAGAUCUCGAAUCACUAGAUGCACCAGCAGUGCACAAGGUUUUGGAAAGUGUACAAAAUGUACUGAAAAAUGAAAUGGCAGCUAAUUCAGGUAAACCUAUUCCUUCUAUGCCUAGCACAUCUUUACAUCGCCCAGAUUCAGCUUCUGCGUGGUCAGCCUUAUUCCCAGUAAUUGAAACUCCAGAUGACGUAGCUCAUCUUUCUGGAUACUUACUUCCAUCCAAAACAACUGAGUCAAUGGGCGCACCAUUAACUAAAAAUCCAUUGUCGCCUACUAAGGCACCGUUAGUAUCAAUGCAACCUCAAUUAACAACACUUAAAUUGCCAUCGUCAUCUAUAAGAACGCAAUUGACCACUACAACAGAAAAAAUAAGGUCAACCCCAAAAUAUUCUACUGUCAAACCUGAAGUAACAACGAAAUUUACUCCAACACAGUCAACAACUCAAUGGACAACACUUAAACCAUCAACGACUAAAAAACCUUUUAAGCCAAUACAGUCAUUUGAGAAGCAAAAACCAGCACUACAAAAACCAAUUUUAAUGAUGCAUUCAACUGCUAAACCACCUAUUGUUUCAGAUAGUUUUGAAAUAAAUAAAGAAAUGUCUGCUUCUAUAUCAGAUAUGUUGUCACAAGUAACUGACAGCCAAUCGUCCAAUCAUAAACCUUUACAAACUAACGAUUUAGUAGAAAAAGAUAGUACAUCAGAUUAUGUACCAGAAGAGAGUUCCCCAGAAUUAAGUUAUUAUAGUCCAAUAGCAAUGUCAUUGAGCACUGGCGGUGCAUUGAAACCAGUUACAGAAGCUUUAACAUCAGCUAGAAAACCUCCAACAACAAUGUCAUUUAAAACUACAACUACAGAUGUACCAUUUUCACAAAAGACCGUUCCUACUAUUAUGUCAACAAGAUUUUCGCCACCCAAGUCUAAUGCCACUAAGCCUCGACCACAUGCAAAUGCUACUACAGCCUCUUAUAUGACAAAACCAUCAUCGAUUAAUAAAUAUACUGCAACUACUCCUCCGACUACCAGGAAUAACUACCAUUAUCCACCAAGCAACAUGUCAACCAAAUAUAUGCAAAAAAUUACACAAACCACUCAAGCUUACCCAAACAAAUUAAUUGACAGUUUCGUAAAAGUUGUUAACAAAACGAUAAAUAAUGCAACUCUUAGCGUAAAACAACCAAAUGGUACAUUUUGGAAUUCUACCGAGGAGUCAAAGAAUAAAUUUGUCAAAGAGCCUGUUAAAGUUUUUCAGACUAAAGUCACUUCAUCUAGACCAAAUGGCAUAAAUCGAACGAAUGUCACUUUGUCAAAUCGCAUACAAGAAUUAAAAACUACGGCUAUUCCAAACUUCGGAUUUGGUUCAUCUACUACUACGGUUCGUAGUCAAACAGAACCUGAUAAAUAUGUAUCAGUGAAAGUGGAAGAAUGGCCAAUUACUGUUCAACAUCCAACUGCAUACCCUUCGACUACUCCAUAUAUGAGUACUGAAAAAUCCUUCUUUUCCAGCAAUAGUCAGUCACUGAACUCUGUCACGGAUGCUAACGUAAUUAGAGAUUUAAUAUCAUCUUUUAUGACUAAAACGUCAACAGCUUCCAGUAUUUCCACUAGUACGCUAUCUCCAACUACCGUUAGUGCUCAACAAACGUUGACUGCGGCCAUGUCGACUACUACACCAUCAGCAGUAAAUACUAUUACUGGAAUUCCAGCAUCAAUGAUAUCAUCCACAGUUGGAGAUUUAGUGACACCAUCAACAACAACUACAACCACAACAGAACCAACUACAAAAAUAUCAAUCAAAACAGAAGCUGCGGAAAAUAUGACAAUGGAAACCACAACGAAAUCAGCGUCAACUACAAAGGAAAUAGAAGCGGUAAAAACUGCUGUGGAAUCUGCAGAUAUAGGUAUAAUUGCAGUGACGACAAUUGCCGCUUCAACAAGUGCUGCAAAUACGAUAACAGUCGAUACAACGUCCGCUCAGGUAACAACUAGCACACCGAUAACACAGACGACGUCCAGUACAGCAACAGGUUUUAUAUCAUCCACUACAGCAUCUGAAACCACGGUUGCCAAUGCGACCAAGGUUACAUUUACAACACCGGAAUCGGAGGCGCAAUACGUACCCGUGACACAUUUUUUGCCUGAAUUACAACUAAAAGACAGAACAGAAAAUGAAAAUAACAACAGUGCGCCGGGCGUAGAUCUGAUGCUCAAAGACGGUAUAAAUGCAGUAACUAACAUGUUGCAAAACACUCAAAAGCCAGCUGUGGCCACGGUUCUUGAAACUGAGUACCAAGAAAUUGGCGAGCACCCUUACGAAAAAUUAUCUUCGGUUGAGGGUAAACAAUCAUCUACCGAACAAAGUAGCCAAAAACAAGCGACGGUUAAGUCAGACUUUGACGAAACCACCACAUUUUCCAUAUCCGAGAACACUGCGUCACAGGAAAUCUACGACUUUACAACCAUUGCAACAGAAUCGGCCACCAAGUUUCCAGAACAGAACGACACAGUCGCUGCGGAAUCGGUGAACACCAAUAACACAGAACAAGUUUUAAGAAAUUCAGAACUAGGCUUGGAAAUGUUGACUGUAUUCAAUGUUAGUUCCACUGAUGAACCUGGACAAGUGGCCAAGUUGGCCGACUUGUCAUCGGAAACGCAAGAGUUAUACGAUAUCACUACGCCUUUUGAGAAUCGAGCCGCUUCUACAAAUAUAGCAACCAAUACUGAAGAACCAGUAACUACAACGUUUGCCCUUUAUGUCCCUCCGGUGACGAAGGAAGUGACGACGUCAACCGUAACCGUGCCGUCUACAUCAACCACCACGGUAAAACUACCGUCACCAAUACCAUUAGUGAAAGCAGCGACAGUAACACCAGAAUCAGUAGCAACAGUACCAGAAGCAUCAGUAGCGACAGCAACAGCAUCAACAACAGCAUCAGCAGCAGUAUCAGUCACGGCUUCAGAAUCUGAAAUCCAAAAUCCAACGACAACAAUAGUCGAAAACUCUUCGGUGGCCGCGACAAACUACACCACUUUAUCCACGCCAGCUUUAGUCACGUUGCCACCUGCGGUCAAAUCUCCUGGACCUUCAUCUAAUGCGUACCGACCACCAAUGGCCAAUAGUGCAUCUCCGUCUACAGUCGAGCUGCAUCCUGCGCCGCAUGAGAGCAUGGGUAUGGAAGCGAGUGUAGCGUUUUUGGGUGAUGACGUUCGAAGAUUUGCUGACCUUUGUAACGAGCUAUCGUUCAAAAUGUGGACAGCUGUUACCGGAAAAGGUCAGAUAGCGUCCAGAAGUCUGGUAUUGUCUCCCUUCGAGCUAACUGCUAUGCUGGCCAUGGUAUUCUUAGGUGCCCGUGGUUCCACUUCUGGUCAAAUGAACGACGUACUAAGGCUUGAUGAUAUGGUGACAUUUAAUCCUCACCAAGUGCUUCGGAAUAUAACUCACUCGAUAACGAAUGUCAACAAUCCAGGUGUGGCUACCGCAUCUUUUGUCAGAGAGAUAUACAGCCACAAGGGAAAUGGAAAAAUCCUAGAGUUCUAUAAAGAACGAGUACAGCAGUAUUAUGAUGGACACGUAGAAGAAGUUGACUUUAAUACGAUUGGUGACGUUUUAAGGAGAAGAACGAAUCUAUUAGUCAAAAGACAAACUUUGGGUCGUGUUGUGGAAUAUCUUCGAGGAUCUGGAUUAAAUUUGACACCACCAUUCGCUGCAUUCAGCGCUAACGUAUUCCAGACUAGCUGCGAGAGCGCGUCAACCGAAGGCCGGGACGGUGAAAUGUACUUCGUGGUGAGACCGUCAACCAGACAGCGUCGCCUGGUCCCGGUUCCGGCGGCCGUGUGGCGUAGCGGUUUCUUGGCCGGUUACGAACCCGGACUGGACGCGACAGCCGUUUGCCUGGGCCCGGACUCGGCGGUGUCCACCAUACUGGUGUUGCCAGGCCAACAGGGUCAGGUGGCUCCGGGCGACGGACUUGCACGGCUGGAACAGCGACUCAUCGAGACGUCUUACCGACGGGGCGGUUGGUCUCGGGUGCUACGGAGCCUGUUGCCCCGGCCCGGACUCGAGCUGCAAGUGCCACGGUUCUCGCACCGAUCCGUGUUAAACGCAACGGCAGCUCUGCAAAAGAUGGGUCUCCGGGACGUGUUCAGCGAUCAGAAGGCGGACUUACGCGGCGUCAAUGGACUGUACGACCUGUACCUUUCCGACAUGCUCCAAGUGAACACGUUCAGUACGUGUGGCGAGGACACGAUCGGCGCGCGGCAUCACGUGGAAACGUAUCCUGCUUCACCGCAGCGGAUGGGCCGCUCCGGUCGUUACGAAAGCGGUCAAAACGGCGGUGACGACGAUAGCCGCACAAGUGAUGAUGAGGAAACGGUUCGCAGUGGUGGCCCGGAAAGCGGUCGCCAGAAACGCUACGCCGACGACCUGCCGCUGCACAGUCCGUACUCGCAUUUGCCGCUCAACUUGCGGCCCAGACAGGCGAGACUUCCGGACGUGCCGAGGCUCCGAUUCGACAGGCCGUUUUUGUAUCUGGUCCGACACAACCCCACGGGCAUGAUCAUCUACUUGGGCAGAUUUAACCCGAGGCUGUUGCCGUGAUCCGUUAUUAUAUACGAAACGAUUACAUAAUAAUUAUUAACGAAAUCGUUAUUAUUAUUGAUUAUUAUCGAUAUCGUACGAAAAAUAUAACGUAGCAUCACAACUAUAUUGUACACACUAUAACACUAUUGCCAAACGAUGAUUUAAAAGUGAGUUUCUGUUUUUAGAAUAUCAAAUAGCCCGCGAGACAUGCAUCCCUGUUAUUGCGACCAAAAAUGAUUAAAUUGAUUUACACACGACUAUUAUUAUGUUUGGCAUUUGGUUUUAUGGAAUUAAUCCGGUCGAUUUCACUGACAUUUAACAAUAAAAGUAUUUAAAAAUGAUCCAUUGAUAUUUUUCAAAUAAUUUUGUGAUCUUGGUAAAAUCGACAUCCUAAACUUAUUUUAAGUUUAAUAUUAUAUACAAUAAUCUUACAUUUUAUUUAUAUAGAUAUAUUUAUUUUUAUAUACGUAUAUAAUUUAUUAUUAUUUUAACAAUUUUUUCAGUUUAUUAUUAUCGUAAUAUAAUUUAGGUAUAUUGAAUGUGUUAUUAUGAAAUUGUGACACGCUUGUGAUAUAUAUUUUGGCAAUAUAGAAUUAUAUAUUUUAUACAUGAUAAUUAUAUUAAAUAUUAGAUUUUUUAUACGUAAAAUAAGAUUGUUCCUAGUUUUUUUUAAGGAAUCAUGUCUACAUUUUUUUUUUAUACAGAAUAAGUAAAUCCAUGAUUCCUUAUUUUUGUAAUUUUUUAUUAUAAAUCAAUUUUCAUUUGUAAUAAAUUUACUCCAGUUAAUAAAUCUGCAGUUGAAUUUUAUUUUAGUUUUAGUCAAAAUUAUAAUUAUUAUUUUAUUAUUUUUUUCGUAAUAAUAAAGAAUUAAACAGGUA